CACUGGAGCACCACUAAGGCCUAUGUUUUAUUAUUAAUGUCGCUUUAGAGAAAAUCUUCAAAUCUAACAAAUCUGAUUUCCUGAAUCUAUGGGGUAAUAUUUAAAAAAUCUAAGUGGUCUAGCAUUGAGUUGAGUGAAAUGGGGCUGCUUGAUAAACUGUCCGGCUGGCUUGGCCUAAGGAAGAAAGAAGUCAACGUUUUGUGCUUGGGGCUGGACAACAGCGGCAAAACUACAAUCAUCAACCAGCUCAAGCCAUCAAAUCAUCCCAAUCAUUUAGGUCCAUUGUCAGAAGAAUGGAAACAUGUUAGUCAGACACAGGCUCAAGACAUAGUCCCGACGAUCGGCUUCAACAUUGAAAAGUUCAAAAGCUCCAGCCUGUCCUUCACAGUUUUUGACAUGUCUGGCCAAAACAGAUACAGAAGCUUAUGGGAGCAUUACUACAAGGAAAGCAAUGCAAUUAUAUUCGUCAUUGAUAGCAGCGACAAACUGAGAAUGGUUGUGGCAAAGGAAGAGCUCGAAACUCUUCUAAACCAUGAAGAUAUCCGCAACAAAAAGAUCCCAGUGCUGUUCUUUGCAAACAAGAUGGAUCUGCGGGAUGCUCUCUCUUCUGUCAAGGUCUCGCAAAUGUUGUGUUUGGAGAACAUCAAAGACAAGCCCUGGCACAUCUGGUAA